UAUCUUAUCCGCUUCUCGACGACGACUAGAGAGAGUUUUCGAAACUUUGCCGCAACUUAAUGGCAUCUUCCACCGGUCUCACCGUCGCCGGAGCUCUUCUUGCCGGAGAUUUUCGAUUACCAGCUUCAUCUUCUCAAAUACCCAGAAAGACUUCUUCUUCAUUCUCACUUUCGCCGUCACCAUAUCAUUGCUGUUGCCGAGGCAAAAUUUUGACUUCUUCUCUCAGUAACUCACGGAGAUUUGCUGUAGGGAAGGAAGCUGAAGAUGGGUUUCUCUCGAAUGUGAGUGAAGAUACAGAUGAGAUGUUCGAUGAAUUGUUCAAUAAAUAUGGCAAGGUUGUGUUCAAGAGUGAUGAUGUUAAGUCUCCAACUGCUGAGGUUGAUGAUGAUGCAGAGAGUUUAGCAUUUGCUGUUGAAUUGGCUAAAGUUGCGAGUGAUGUGAAAGCUGGAGAUAUUAAGGUUCUCUUUGUGAAGCCUCUUGUUUACUGGACUCGGUUUUUCAUCAUAGCCACUGCGUUUUCGCGGCCUCAGUUAGAUGCAAUUGGAUCGAGGAUGAGAGAUCUAGCUGAGAAGAAGUACGGUAAAGUUGCUAAUGGAGAUGUAAAGCCAAAUUCAUGGACAUUGUUGGAUUUUGGUGAUGUGGUGAUCCAUUUAUUCUUACCUCCACAAAGGACCUUCUACAACUUGGAAGACUUUUACGGGAAUGCAAUGCAAAUUGAACUUCCCUUUGAAGAUCAGUCACCGCCAAGGAACUGAUAAGAAAGUAACAGUUUUGGAAGGAGAAAUUUGUUGAUUCUCUUUACGGCUCCCAUGAGGCAUGAGACAACAAGGGUGUGAGGUUUCAUUUUGUUUGUCCACAAAAUGCUCUGAUGCGUUACACAGCUCUCGGCGUGAGGUGUUGAUGUAUCUUACUCGCUAAGAUGGUCCAACAACAGUCAGGAGGCUCGGACAUGCUUUAAUUUAUUUGUUAGAUAAAGUUAGACAAAACUGUGUUCCGGCUUUAUGUAAUGUAUGAUUUAGGAUGAUGAUUCUUCAUGUUAUGGAACACACACUGACCAAGCUCUAACCUAAUUCUAGAUUAAUUAUCAGUCGAUUUCCAAUCAAAA